UUUAUUUACAUUCCAACUAUACAAAAAAUACCACCCACACUCACACAAAACCUACUCCCGGUCUCUCCUUGCACAAUCACACCAAUGGCUCAUUUCUUUUAAAAGUUUAACAUUACCAACCCUCCCUUAUUAGUGCAAAUUGUGAAUAAUGGUGCAACAAACUAGUAUCCCAGUAACAGAACAACACGAAGUAGACGAAAAUGAAACAGUAAAUGAAAAGUUGCGACUAGUUCCCCACGAUGACGAAGACCAAGGAUGCUGGGGGACUAGACAUACCCUAGUCUUGCUAGGAUUCUUGGGGUUUGCCAAUGUCUAUGCCAUGAGAGUGAAUUUGUCCGUGACGAUCGUAGCGAUGGUCAAUCAGAGCGCUAUCCCACACAUCAAUCAAACCGCGGUGGAUAUCUGCCCUGAGACUCCAGGAGACAGCCAAUCCGGAAUAGUAAAGGACGGAGAGUUUGCCUGGGAUGAAUAUAAACAAGGAAUCAUCCUGGGUUCCUUCUUCUGGGGCUACGUUUUAACGCAAAUCCCUGGUGGGAGGUUGGCGGAGCUUUUUGGCGGCCGAAAAUUACUUGGUUAUGGUAUACUCAGCACUUCACUUUUCACGUUGUUGACUCCAUUCGCCGCUCGAGCAAGCGACACUUUGCUGAUCUUCUGUCGAGUCUUGAUGGGAUUGGGAGAGGGUGUGACGUUCCCGGCGAUGUACGCAAUGCUUGCCGAAUGGGCUCCACCGUGGGAGAGAAGUAAAAUGGCCGCUUUCGUUUUCACAGGCGCACAAUUUGGGACUGUAAUAACACUGCCUCUUUCGGGAAUUCUUUGCGAGCACGGAUUCGACGGCGGGUGGCCAACAGUGUUUUACGUAUUCGGGACUUUGGGUAUCGUCUGGUUCGCCGUUUGGAUGCCCCUCACUGCUGAUUCUCCAUCUCGACAUCUCAAAAUAUCCAAAGAGGAGAAAGAUUACAUUUGCAGUUCUUUGAAAGACUCCAUUAAAAGGAAAAGUGCUCCCGUACCGUGGCGAUGCAUGUUUAGAUCAAAAGCUUGCUGGGCUGUAGGGGCGGCCAAUGUUGGUCACGCCUGGGGAUUUUACACGCUGUUGACUGAACUACCGAGUUACAUGGAUAAUAUUUUACAUUUUAACAUGAAACAGAAUAGUUUUGUGUCCGCUCUGCCCUACUUGGCGAUGUGGCUUUUCUCGCUCCUUUGCAGCACAGUCGCAGAUCUUCUCAUUUCCAAACAAAUAUUUAGAGUUAUUACUGUACGGAAGAUAUUUAAUUCUAUUGGCCAAUACGGACCCGCGUUGGCUUUAAUUGGUGCUGGAUUUAUUGGAUGUGAUACUGUAGCUGCCGUAAUUUUACUUACUUUGGCAGUGGGACUUAGUGGUGCUUCUUAUUCUGCUUUUCAAGUGAACUUUGUCGAAAUUGCACCACCUUACGCCGGAACUUUGUUUGGAAUUACUAAUGCAGUGGCCAAUCUCUGUGGAUUUAUGGCUCCUUAUGCUGUGGGUGUGCUAGUUAAAGGAAACGUGAUUGGUCUCAUCACUUUGGCGGUUUUCCUUUUUGUUUGGAGAAGAGGACGUGUAUCACGUCGUGGAAUUUGUUUAGUGGGUCUGUGUGAAUCUGGAAAAACAUUAAUUUUCUCACAAUUGAUCUAUAAAAAGGCUGUUGAGUCCUUCACUUCCAUGAAAGAAAAUGUUGGAGUGCUACAAAUUGAAAAUAAGGGAGCUUUGAAGUUGGUUGAUGUACCAGGCCAUGAGCGUGUGCGUCAGCGCUUCUUUGACACUUACAAAACAACAGCAAGAGGGAUUGUGUUUGUCUUGGAUUCUUUCAGUCUCAACAAAGAUAUUCGUGAUGUGGCAGAGUACCUCUACACUAUCCUGAGUGAUCCAGUUGUGCUAUCUAACAGACCACAAAUGCUUAUCUUGUGCAACAAACAGGAUCAUGCAUUAGCUAAAGGACCCCAAGUCAUUCAGUCUGUUCUUGAAAAAGAAAUGAAUGUACUGAGAAACACCCAAACCAACCAACUGGAAGCCAUAUCUGAAGGUGGAAACAGAAAAUCUUGCUAUCUCGGUCAAGAAGGAAAGAAUUUUGAAUUUGCCGAUCUUUAUCCCCAACGUGUUGAAUUUGCCGCUUCAAGUGCCCAAACGGAAGACUUGGAGAAAUUGAAAAAGUGGCUGCAAUCAGUUGCUUAAAAAUAUGAUUAAACGUUUUUCUACUGUCUGUAAAUGACCCAAAUACAUGACAUUAAUCUUA